AUGUCCGUCCGCGGCGGCAACGCCCUGACGCCUUUUUCCAUCCAAGCCAUCCUCAACAAGAAGGAGGAGCGCGCCCGCCACGCGGCGGGGCGGCCGCCGCCUCCGGGAGCGGCCGGCGGCUGGCGGCUGUGCGGCGCCGCCGAGGACCCGCCGCUCCCCGCGCCCGCCGCCCGCGCCCCGGCCCUGCGAACGCCGGCGGGCUGGGACUCGGACUCCGCGCUCAGCGAGGACCCCGAGGGCGAGAGGCGCUCCGAGGAGGAGGGUGCCGGUGGCAGCGCCCGCCCCGCAGAAGCCACGGGCGGGGGGCGGCCGGCGGAGGAGGAGGUGCAGCCCCCGGAGGCGGCGGAGCGGGACACCGCCGGCCUCAGCGACAGCGAGAUGUCGGCCGCCGUCUCAGAUCGCAGCCCCCCGGAGGAAGAGGACGGAGCGGGCAAGUGCGGGAAUCUGCUGCCGGGGGAGGAGGAGGCGGCGGCGGCUCCGAAACCGCGGAAGAAGCGCUCUCGCGCAGCCUUUUCCCACGCGCAGGUCUUCGAGCUGGAGCGGCGCUUCAACCACCAGCGCUACUUGUCGGGACCCGAGCGGGCCGACCUGGCCGCCUCGCUGAAGCUCACCGAGACGCAGGUGAAGAUCUGGUUUCAGAACCGGCGCUACAAGACCAAGCGGCGGCAGAUGGCCGCCGACCUCCUGGCAGCCGCCCCCGCCGCCAAGAAGGUGGCCGUCAAGGUGCUGGUGCGCGACGACCAGAGACAGUACCACCCUGGCGAGGUGCUGCGGCCGCCCUCGCUGCUCUCCCUCCAGCCAUCCUACUACUACCCCUACUACUGCCUUCCCGGGUGGGCUCUGUCCACCUGCGCCGCAGCCGCCGGCACCCAGUGAGAGGCACACAUACACACCCCCCUGGCCCCGACACCCCCACCGUACACACUGGCAGCCAGGAAACCUAUCUUCCCUCUGCCACCCCCCC